AUGAUAGAUUGCCCAUUAGGCCUAUUCUUUACGUGGAUCCAUAAGAUUGAUCCAAGUCUUAAGUACAAUCAGCUAGUCCUUCUUUCGGUUAUAAAACUACUAGAUGCCGAAGAACGUAAGUUCUUUUUCGCUGUAAUUCUCCAGAACAUUCAUGUUGAUCGCAUUGAACGCGUUCCAAAACAACUACUGAUCUUAGAGAUAGUAACGGUCGAAGAAGGAUACUAUGUGCUAGAUAGUGAAGUACGCCGCAUAUUUUUAGAGAUGCACACGCGACGUACCAAAGAUAUAAUGCUGGUACAAACUAGCCAGCUAAGCCGACCGGCCGAGAACGAGGUUUACAGUUUGGGUCUCUUCAAAACCAUUUCGGUUAAGAACAGUACUUCCGGAACAAUUAGGCGACUAAUGGCCAAACAGAAAAUGAUGGAGAAUGGCGAGAUAACCCAUAAAGGGUUUAACUUCCUUCUGGAAACCCGAAAGAACCAAAUGUGGAUGCUAAUUCUAGCCCAUUUACAGAUAGAGGGUACCAAAGACGAAAUCCUAGGCCUAGCGGAGAUUUUAACUAAAGAUGCCAAACGAGUCUACUUACUUGAUAGAUACGAGGAGAAGACAAAGAUUUUGGACGUCUUUAAGUCAUUAGGUCUGGCCUCAGUAGUUGAUGGGAAGGUUCAUUUUAGUCGGUCCUUCUCUCUUCUCUUUGAUGAAAGCACCUGUCAGGAGCGGUUUCUGAUUCUGGAAAGUAACUUUCGCAUGUACAUUUAUGGCGAGAGUCAAUUGAACAUCUUUAUUCUAUCAUUAUUCACUAUUCGUACUCGGGAGUUCCCCAACUUAAUUGUCGCCACUAUUACGGAAGAGAGUGUGAAACGGGCCUUUGAGCUGGGUAUUACUGCCCAACAACUAUGUCGGUAUUUGCAGAGUAAUAGCUUCUAUGCGAUUGACGUGAAUGUUUUAGAGCAGAUCCAACUUUGGGAACGGCGCCGGAAACGAAUCUUCUGGUGGGAGUCUUAUCUUUUCAAUAACUUCUUGAACCACAAGGACUUCUUGUCCGUAGUCUCUUUCUGCAAGAGUAACCAUAUUGAGUACAAUGCGUAUAAAGAGCAGCGCAUUCUAAUAGUUGGCACUGAGAACUAUGAAACAAUUAAGGCCUUUAUCAAGCAGCACAUUAAAUAG